AUGAAACAGAGACUUACAGCAGUCGAAAUGGACUAUCUCAGAAGGAGCGCAGGUGUAUCGAAAAUGGACCGAAUUACCAACAUAGAGAUUAGACACCGAAUGAAUGCUCCAAGAGACAAUUAUAGACAGGGUCUCAAGUGGUUUGGCCAUCUAUUAAGAAUGCCGGAAGGUCGAUGGCCAGAAACGUCUGUUUCAGUGGAGUCCUCCACAAAGAAAGAAAGCAAGGUAGACCAAGAAGGUCGUGGAACAAACACAAUUAGGCAAGCGAUGGCAUCCAGAGAGCUGAAAGAGCUGGAUGCAUUUGAUAGAGAGGUUUGGCGAGGCGAACGGGAAAGCAGCAGUAGCUGCAUGCUUGAUUAA